UUGUGAUCAGACUCCCACUUCAGCUGCGCGGCGCGCUACGUCUGAGGAAGCCGCAGAAGAAACUUUGACCACUUCAGUUGUUAGCCUAGCAGUGGAGACACACAUCUCCUUUAUUGUUUACCAGUCCCGUAUUUAUUCGACUAGCCCUUUUAAAAAGAUGUGGUUUAUUUAUUUACUCAGCUGGUUGUCGCUGGCGGUGCAGAUAUGUUUCGUUACUCUCGCUAUCGAAUACGGGAUUGUAUUGUUUGCUAAUCGCUCCGCCCAUUUACAUGAUGACAUCCAUUCAGGAAAAGUUACAUUCAUGUGAUUGGCUUGGCUCAUGCUGAUUGUGGACAGUGUCGUAAAAAGAGUACAAAUGUCUGUCCACGUAGGCAGAUGUAUUAAUAAUGCUGCAGGCCUGUAUUACCUGGCGGAGUUAAUAGAGGAGUACGCAGUCGCCACCAGCCGCAUUAUAAAAUAUAUGAUUAUGUUCUCCACAGCGGUGCUGGUGGGACUCUAUCUGUUUGAGGGCUUCCCCACGUUCAUGAUCGGUGUGGGUCUCUUCACCAACCUGGUUUACUUCGGUCUGCUGCAGACGUUUCCAUACAUCAUGCUGACAUCGCCGAACUUCAUCCUGUCAUGUGCACUGGUUGUGUUAAACCACUAUAUGGCCUUCCAAUAUUUUGCGGAGGAGUACUAUCCAUUCUCUGAGGUUCUAGCGUACUUCACUAUAUGUCUGUGGGUGAUUCCGUUCUCAUUCUUCGUUUCUCUCUCUGCUGGGGAGAAUGUUCUUCCAUCCACUGUGCAGCAGGGAGACGAUGUGGUGUCAAAUUACUUCACUAAAGGCAAGCGGGGCAAGCGCUCAGGCAUCCUGCUCAUCUUCUCCUUCGUGAAGGAGGCCGUUUUGCCAAGCCGACAGAAGAUGUACUGAUGAAGCGGUUCAGAUGCACAUCAAACGGAGGGGUUUGGGAGGGUUUGUUCAGGCCACCGGCCCCUUUCAGUGGACAGCAUGUUUUUGUGGGAGGAACGAUAAUAAUGAGAUUGAAUCUGUAGCCGAGGGAGAGGACCAGAUCAGAACAAAUGCACACAAACCCUCGAAUGAACUUACUGUCUGUUGAUUCAUGUCUUCUUAGGCAUCUAAAGCCAUGAAAGGACUUGAGAAGUCUUUCAUUCGUGAAGGCUUGAUCUUUUGACGUGUCUGUACUGGAUGAUUAUGGAAGGGGCUUCGGCUUCUCUAGAGGCUCCUGCUGAUUUUCUUCUAAUCGCAUCACUUCGAACGCCAAUGUUUGUGUUCGCUCAUGAAUGAAUUGAGAUGUCUGGAUUAUUUGUUCACAUUUUAAAGGAAUGUUUUACCCUGAAUCCAAUGUUCGGUUGCUCGCUCUUCGCCACAUCUUACACUACAUGUAUUUGUUCAAGGUUAGACUUUUAUAAUGACCUGAUGUUGAGUCAGUUUCAGUACGGAUUGUUUGUGUUGAUUUAUAAAUCCAUUUUAUAUCAGCCGUUGCUGUGACAAGCAAAGAAAAGCUAGUUUUUGGGUAAAAUAUUGCUUUAAAUACUGCAGUCAUGAGAGCCAUAGUGUUGGCCAUGCUUAAUUUGUGUGCUGUAUAGAAAUAUAAUAAAAUUCAGUUGUAUGAG